CCAAAACCCAGUCAGAGCAAGUUGACUCUUUGGUUUCUCUUUCCUUUUAACACACUCUGUGAUUGGCUGGCCAGCAGCAGGCCUCCCUUGAUUGAUCAGUUCAACAUCAUAACAUCUUUGUGGCAAAUCAUCGACUGUGUUCUUUGAGCAGUAUUUAACCUACAGUAUCUUUCCAGGCCAGUUCUUAACAGUGAAUAUCUCUUUUUUUUUAUAUUAAAAAAAAACAAGCUGCUGUGCAUAGUUCAGGUCUCAACUACAACUCACAGUUCCAGACCAAAAAUGAGAAAAAAGCAAAAUACAGAUAGUCUGAACAGACUGUGUUAUUGAUUUGGAAUGGAACAGUACAACAGUUAUUUUGGGACUUAUGUAGAUUCUGACGGAAUGUGUUUAAUUGGAAAAAAGUGUUGUAUGAAAGCAAAGGAGAAAAGAGUAAUUAUAUAUAAGUAAUUCUCUGUUAUCCUUCCUUUCUUCAUUUGUUGUAUGUGCAAUACUGAGGUUUCUCAGAUUCAGUGGAAGAACCUGCUAAACAUUUGCUACUGUCCUUCUUGAAGUCAGCUCUGCAAAUUCAGAUAAACACUCACUAUUCCUUACAAUGAACUUGACACUGUGGCUGGAUCUUCCUGCAAAUAAGAAUAAAACACCUCUUCCUGCAAGUUCAUAUUGUCUCAACUCUCAAUUGUCUAGUGCUUCAAACAAGGACAAAAAGAACAUUACAGAUAUUCUGAAGCUCCCCUGAAGUACAGCAGUAAUGACAUCAGUAACUGGAAUUGUUAUCAAUUGUUCAAAAUGGCAACUACUUGUCCAUCAAACUGUGUUAUACUUUGAGUCCAAAAACCUUGAUGAUGUGGCUGAGAAGAAAGAAAAGGAAGCAAACCCUGCUCUCCUUAUCUCGCUACCUCAUGGGACAAUCUGCCCCAUUUACCCAAAUAUUUAUGGGUCAAGAUUUGGCCUGUUGAGUCCCAUGAAGACCUACAACCAAAACCAAGGGAAAGACUGUGAUAGAGACUUUGUUUUUGUUCAACCAUUUGGUCUAAAUAGGGAAAUAAAAUGACGAAAAUACAGGCAAUGAAAAACGCUGUUGCUAAGAAUGACAAGAAAAGAAGAAAACAGUUGGUAGAGGAAGUUGCAAAAUUUGAGGCUGAAUUGGAACUGAGGCAUGAGGAGGAACUUAAACAGCUCACUCGGUCACUUGAUAAGUCUAGUACGGUUGAAUCAUGUACUAAUGGAUUUGCAAAUUUAGAGUUGGAGAUUGAAAAUGGUAAAGCAAUUAAGCCAUCUCGCGUUUCUAAGGCACAAAAGAGAAGGGAGAAGAAAGCCGCUCAGGACAGAGAACGAGAAGAGAGAAUAGCUGAAGCUGAAAUUGAAAAUUUGAAAGGAGCCAGGCACCUGGAAAAUCAAAAACUUGCUGAAAUCCUUGCUAAAAGGCAGUUACAGAUCAAGCAGAUCCCAUCUGAUGGUCACUGCAUGUAUAAAGCUAUUGAAGAUCAACUUAAACAGGGCAGUCUAUUGACCCUUGCAGAUCUAAGGACACAGGCGGCUGAAUACAUGAGAAGUCAUGCAGAUGAUUUCUUGCCUUUUCUGACCAACUGUAAUACAGGAGACAUGUAUACACCUGAGGAAUUUGAAAAGUACUGUGAUGAGGUAGCCAACACAGCAGCCUGGGGUGGACAACUUGAGUUGAGGGCUUUGUCUCACAUUCUGAAAAUGCCAGUGGAGGUAAUACAGGCAGACUCUACUCCAAUCACUGUAGGUGAAGAGUAUAGAAAGAAACCAAUAAUUCUAGUGUACAUGAGGCAUGCAUAUGGUUUAGGAGAACAUUAUAACUCUGUAGAACAAUUAACUGACCUACCUACAGAAGACGUGUGCUAAAUAUUGAUCAGUAUUUACAUUCUAUUUCUUACAUCAAAGUAUUAGAAUUUCUCUGUUGUAAUUUUCACGUUGAGCUAAAAAUUGUGCUGUGUGCACAGGUUCAUGUGGAGAAUUUGAUAAUGAUGCGUAUUCCACUUUUUUUUUUCUUGAUAAACCAUUCAGUGGUGUGAAGACCAGUAAUAAAAGCUGAAUUAAGACUGCA